GCGGCGUCCUAGACAUUCAGUAUGUUCAAUACGUGAUCCAGAAGCAGGUUAUGAAGAGAUCUCGUCUGGUGAUGCACACACAGGUGAGUGAGCGCGUUUCCUUCGUCCUGUGUUUUGCAUCUCCUGUUGGCUGCUUGCACUGCAGACGCGUCCCAUCUGACUGCGCUCACUCGAUGAAGACCUCCACAUCAGCGGGGAGGCGGCUUGACCGCAUUCAUCGACACUUCUCGUCCACCAGUGCUGCCAGGAGGAAUGACAAAUCAGCCACUCCCAUGGGCUGGCUGUCCAUCGGUGACGUAUCGACGGCCAUCUACAAGCCAGAGCGGCCCUCCCUGGUGCCACGUGGACACCACCUUUUCGGAGAGGGCUCACACGAGGUGCUGGAUCACCACCGGUGGAUGCUGCAGAAGGACCUCUCCCAACAGGACAUGUGCCUCAUCGGUCGGUCAGCUGCACAAAACGGACGGGCGGAACAACACCCACACGUGGAUGAGAUGACCUGAUGCAUUACACUCCCUUAUCCCCUGCGCUUGUCUGACUCACAGGCCCUCCUGGCUCAUUCAGACGGGAGCUGGUUUUGCGGUUCUGUGAGCUGACGCAGCGGGAGGUGGAGUACCUGUGCAUCUCGCGCGACACGUCUGAGGGUGAUCUCAAGCUGAGAAGGGAGCUGGGCGGCAACGCCACCUACUACGAGCAGCAGGCCCCGGUGCGUGCGGCCAUCCAUGGGCGAGUGCUGCUGAUAGAGGGGCUGGAGAAGGCCGAGAGAAACGUCCUGCCGACGCUCAACAACCUGCUCGAGGUGGCUGACACACACACGGAUGAAGCCCACGCACGCCCAUCUUGGUCAUUUCUGCUCUCUGCUCGUCUCAUCAAUCAGAACCGAGAGAUGAACCUUGACGACGGCCGCCUUCUCAUCAGCGCCGACCGCUAUGACGCCCUCACCGACGACGCCUCACGAAACAGCAAGUCCCACCUGGUCCGUGUCGACCCCCGUUUCCGCGUCAUUGCCCUCUGCAUUCCCUGCCCACCAUAUGCUGGCCACCCCCUAGACCCGCCGCUGCGGUCUCGCUUCCAGUCACGCGUCGUCACCCCGCCCAGCCUCCUCACCCACGAUGCGGCCCAAGACGACGGCAGCAGGGAGCUUUUGCAGCGCCUCCAGGGGUCGUUUGAGGCCCUGCGGCUGAUAGAGAAUCAAUCUCAGUCGCUGGGCGGCAUGGGACGGCUCCCGCACGUGUCGUUCGACUGCGGGAGGAGGGUGCUGGGUCUGGUGUGCCAGCUGCCGGAAGGGGCGCGGCCGAGUGUGUGGGGUGCGAUGAUGCGAUCAUGGCCGGCCAAGUGGAUGGAUCACAACACGGGGCGAGGCAAGAGGGAAACAGUGGCAGACGGAGAGGCGCAGCCGGCGGUUGAGGAGUCUACGCAUGUGGCGACAAGUCGGCGCAUCUUUAACCAUUUCCAGCUCCCUUCUGAUGCAGCUGCCGAUGAAAUGACCGCUCUGCCCGGUGCUGUUCGUGCCACACCUGCCGGCGACCAUCUAUGCCGCAUCGACCGGCUGGCCAGCGUGCCGUGCGGACCAUCGUUGGAGCGAGAGAGGGCGUUCGGCCAGGACGAUCCGGCUUACGUGACGACAGACGGUGUCCGGAGGCUGCUCAAUGGCGUGCUACAGGACCAUGCGAGCGGCUCAGACGUCUGUCUCAUAGGCCCCCCCGGCUGUGGCAAGAGCGCCUUCGUCCGUCAGCUCGGCCGCUUCCUCGGCUACGACGGCAGCAGCACGGAGCAUAUCUUUCUUUACGAAGACAUGAGCUCGCGCGACCUCCUGUUGCGCCGCAUUACCGAUGAGGAGGGCCAGACGCGUUGGCAAGAAGGGCCGCUGGUGAAAGCCGCGAAGGGAGGGAAGCUGCUGGUGCUGGAUGGGCUGCAGAGGGUCCCUCCGGAUGUGCUCUGCGUGGUCGGCCCUCUGCUGACGUCGCGGUUCCUUCCUCUGCGGCUGACCGAAGACGGCGAGACUCUUGUGCGCCACGAUCGUGCGCAGCAGCACGGAGACGGCUCCAUGGUGCCGAUCCGCCCCUCGUUUCGCGUCAUCGCUCUGGCCACGCCACCAACCGCCAAGACACGGUGGCUCACAGACGAGGUUGCAACUUACUUCUCUUUCCACGCCUUCCCAGUGGCCGAUCGGUCCGACCUCUCACUCAUCCUCUCAUCGCGCUUCCCCUCCUGCCCAUCGCCGGCGAUUGACACACUCGUCAGCAUCGCUGACAGACUUGAGACAUCUGGGCGUGCACAGCUCAACGAAGCCCACCCUCGGCUUUCACUGCGGCAGCUCAUCCGCGUGACCAGGGGGCUCUGUGAGCGGAGGGGCAGGGAGGACGGUGGUGGGUCGUUGCCUGUCCGUGCUGAGAUGGACCGCCUCAUCAGGAAGCAGACGCUGUACCCGUUCAUGCCCCUGUCGGCCCGAAUGCAGCUCGAUGAGGCUCUGGAGGUGACCAAGUCCCAUGCGGGCAUGGAGGAAUGGGCCGCGGCAGUAGCCAGUGGUGCGAGGGAAGCCCCGUCUCCCCCCUCCCCUGCUUCGGCCGAGAUGGUGCGUGUGGGGUCGAUUGAGAUGCCUGUGGGUCGGCCGAUGAGGCCCGAGCUGGUGCCAAGGGUCACUUUCACCAGCAUCGAUCGCCACCAGAGGGUGCUCGAGGAUCUGGCGAGGGACUUCACAAGCGGGGAGAAGCACGUGCUCGUCAUCGGUAAGCCAAUAUCUGCGCUCGGCAUGGGGCCGUCCGUCCGUGUGAGUGUAUGAUGUGUCUGGUGCUUUGUUGACACACAGGUCCUCAGGGGGUGGGGAAGAACCGGAUUGUGGAUUAUUUCUGCCAGCUGCUGCGUCUGGAGAGGGAGUACCUCCAGCUGCAUCGCGACACCACAGUGCAGGCCCUCACUGUCUUGCCCGCUCUGAGGGACGGCCGCCUCGUAUACGACGACUCGCCACUCGUCAAGUCAGCACCACCACCUCUCACACUCACAUGCUGUUGAUGCAUUCAUGUGUGUGCCCUCGUCUUUGUGUCAGAGCGGUGACUCAUGGGCGUGUGUUGGUGGUGGACGAAGCCGACAAGGCGCCUCUGGAGGUGGUGGUGGUGCUCAAGAGCCUGGUGGAGGACGGCACCAUGGCCUUGUCUGACGGCCGCACCAUUACCGCCCAUGAAACCGAUGAUACCAAUGUCGGCAAGACCAUCUGUGUGCAUCCCGGGUUUCGGAUGGUCGUCUUGGCCAACCGACCCGGCUUCCCAUUCCUCGGUAUUGUGUGCACCCAGGACGCCACACACACGUGUGUGGAGCAAAUGGGUGUGUAUGUUUGCUCUGCGUGGGUGUAACUGUGUGUGUGACAGGUAACGACUUUUUCCGCGAGUGUGGUGAUGUGUUUGCGGCCCAUCCGCUGGACAACCCCGACACAGAGAGCGAGCUGGAGCUGGUCCGCUCGUACGCACCGAGGGUGAGUGAGGGGGUGCUGCGUCAGCUGAUCGGGCUCUUCACAGAGCUCCGUACACAAGUGACGGAAGGCCGGCUGUCGUACCCCUACUCCAUGCGGGAGCUCAUCAACGUGGCCAAACAUCUAGAUCGCUUCAACGACCCCCUCCCCACCGUGCUCGAGAACGUCUUCGGCUUCGACCGGUUCGACCCGGUGACCAAGGAGCUGAUGCCGAUCUUUGCACGACACGGCAUCCCGACAACCGAUUCCACGCGGCACAUGACCCUCAUGGAACGUGUGAGGCAUGCCCUGUCGACCAUCUCCCUCUCGGCCGUCAUGCACCUGAAUGAGCCACAGCAGACGGGCCGGGUGGCGCUGCCAGAGUCUGUGCGCGUGCAGGGCGACAUGCGUCAGUGGCGUGUGGUGGGGGGCGAUCCGUGGCUGGUGGGGCAGGAGGUGAUUGGCGGAGUGGAGGUGCGGGAGCACCCCUUAGGUCCCCCGCAGAUACUUCCUGUGGCUGAUUUCGCUGCGUGUCGCACUCAUGGGUGAGGGAAAGACAGAGAUUGCACAUGAGGCACCGGCUACGCGUGCGUGGUGUUGUGUGAUGUGGUGUGAUGUCGGCAGGUUCUCGGAAGUGCUGUAUCAAUGCCGUCUGCCCGUCAACACCGCCAAGGCAUCCUCCCUACAGCCCACUCCAGGCUCCUUCGUGUCGGUCGCCAUGCCGCCCCACGGCCACCCAUCCCCCUCCCUCUUUUUCCUCUCGUCAUGGCCGCUCACCGUCUUCGCCAUGACCGACCCCACACAGCAGCCCCUCAUCGGCCACCCCACCUGCCAGAAGCUCGUCUUGACGCGCAACACAUACGGCAGCGGCAGCCCCAUGGCGUCUCAGCUGUGGACCGACCAGCUGGCCACUGGCAUUCGCAGGCGGCUCGAGGGGGACCUUCCCUCCUUAGCCCUCCAUGUCAACGGCCGGCGUGUCGACAUUGGCGCGCCGCAGCUGGCAUGGAUUGCCGGCAUUGACCGUCUGGUGGUGCACAACCCCUCUGAGCCAGGAGUGCCGCCACUGCUGCUACUCAAUGCCAUGGAGAAUGCCGGUGGGCGGACCACCGCUGCAUCGGAGGGCGGGCCAGAGGGCGCACUCAUGGCUGAGAGCUGGCGCGUUGGCAGCCUUACCGAGGGAGUGGGAGCGUCUGGAUGGCUGCGCAGCAAGGACAGCUCCGCCCGAUUCUUCACUCUAGUGCCGAUACAAGGACAGGCAGAGCCGUCGACACCAACAAGCGCAUAUCAUCCGGCGGAUUGCGCCAUGUUCGUGUCGGCGACGCAGCGGCUGCUGAUACAGGUGGACUUCAGAAGUCGGCAAGCGAGGCAGAUUGCCCUCCAGACGGACGAGGCGCAACCGACGGUAAUCGACAUAUCGGCGUGGAGCGGCCGUGUCGAUGACGCGCCUGCGACCCUCGUGUCUGUCAAUGGCAAGAUCCUGUUGCUGCCGAGCGGAUCAGACAGGGGUGCGUGUGUCGAGCUGGAAGUGGCGAUGCGGUCGAUCGGCCCGAUCGGUGCUCUCCCUGGGUCCAUUGCGACCUAUCAAGACGAUCGAGCCGUUCAUUUGGCGCACUCUGUGAAAGGCGAUGAGGCCAUCCUCAGCUACACACCCCCGAGCACAGCAGAGCCCAGCGGCAGUGUCGUCAAGCAGCCACUUCGUCUGCCGAUGGCCAAACUGCUUCGGUCACCUGAUGGGUGGCAGUACCAGCACUCUCUCGUCGCAACAGAUGGCUCAAGGGUCGUCAAUCUCUUCACCACCAACACCAAGACCGAGAGCAGCACCAGCAGUCCUGCAGUGAUGGAAGUAGUGAGCCUGGCGGACCGCACGGUCACCUCUGUCGACACAUCGGCAGCAGCAGCAGGAGCAGCAGCCAGCCCUCCCCCUCACACCCACCCCACAGGCGCAGCUCGGGCCAAGUACCAGCAGAAGCAGGCAGACGCAGUGGUUGGCGUGUGGGAGCUGCACGGCACCCACUUUCUGACCAUCACCGCCAACGGCGAAGUCCGGUGGUACCAGGUGGCCGAUGCGGCUCUGGCCUCCGCCCUCAUGGACUAUCUAACCGUCCGUGGUGCGCUGCCUGGGCACAUCAAACACCACACCAGCAGGGGAGUGGAGAGCAUCAUCCGGCAGCUCCAUGAGGCGAUCGCCGACAGUGAGAGGAGAGGUGGAGGGGCGUCUGGUGACACUGGCGGUGGGGAGGCGAAGCAGGCCCUGAGGAUGGAGUUCACCCGCAACAAGGAUCGUCCUGUGACGGCACCGAAGCACGGCAUAGACGACGGCAAGGAGCACGUCGGCGGCGGCACGUUCGCUGGCGGCACAGGUGACACACUCACGCCCUCACAGAGGGGACUGACCACACGCGCACCCAAACACGCAUUUGGUGUGUCAUGCAUGCAGGCGGCUCCGACACAGCCGGGCUCGGCGGAAAGGGCGGCCCGUAUCGGCUGGAUAAGGGUUUCGACGUCCACCAGCUGGCCGACGACGCCAAACACAACAUCUCGCUGGAGGCGCAGAAGGCCGCGCGUGAUGCGGGCAGGGAGGCCCUUCGGAAGCGGCUUGACGAGAUCAAGAUGUCCGAGAGAGACCUGGACCUCUACCUGCGGCUGAAGGAGGGCGUCAGCCAGGAGAUAAUGCAGCUUAGACAGGUGGGUGGGAGGGAGGGUAUGACGCAGACACGUAUGGAUCUCCUUCCUCUCUGUGUGCGUGUGAGUGCAGAUACUGGCGGAGGCCGAAGCGAAGCAGAAGGAGCGAGUCUGGCAGGUGGGUGAGAGCGGCGAGCUCGACGACAGGCGACUCGUCGACGCACUCACGGGCGAGAGGAACGUGUGGAAGCGGAGGGCCGAGCGACCGGAGAACCCCCUAUUCACCCCACUGCCCAAGCGCAUAUCCUUCGUCUUCGACGUCUCGGCUUCCAUGUACAGGUGGGUGGGUACCUGCAGAGAUGCCCUCGCGCACUCACAAACGUGCAAGGGCCCAUCUCUCUCUCUCCGGUGCCAAGCAGGUUCAAUGGGUACGACAGCCGACUGCACCGUCUGCUCGAGACAGCCGCCAUGUUGCUGGAGAGCCUCUUCUCGCAGACGGCCGACCAGUCACGGCACAAGUUCGACAUAGAGAUUAGCGGCCACAACGGCGACAACGCGGCCAUCCCGUUCGUCCCCUUUGGGCAGCAGCCGGAGGCCACUGAGACUGAGAUGGGCCGGCUGCGUGUGUUGGAGAGCAUGUAUGCCUGUGCCCAGUACUGCUCUGCCGGCGACAGCACGCUCGAGGCCAUCAGGCAGGCCAUGCAGCGCGUGACGGCCCAGGAGGCCGACGACCACCUUGUCAUCUGCUUCAGCGACGCCAACAUCGACCGGUCGGCACGCCAUCGGCUGUGUGUGCUUCAUUGGGGCAUGUCGGUCUGUGUGUGUGUGUGUGUGUGUGCAGGUAUGGGAUAACUCCCGAGCUGCUGAAUUCGACGCUCAUGAGCGAUGCGCGUGUGCACGCCGUGUGCGUGUUCAUAGCGGGGUUGGGCGGCCAGGCCGAGAAGUUCGCCGAUGCGAUAAUGGCUGGGAGGGCUGUGGUGUGCAAGAACACCAGAGACCUGCCCGUGCUGAUUAAGGACAUUCUGGCGGCCAGCGCAGAGGCUCAGUAGUAGAGAUCGUGAUGUGACGCAGACAGACAGACAGGCAGGUAGGUAGGCGUGUGUGUAUAUGUUAGGUCUUUAGGGUCUGUUUGUACUUUUGA